GUCUUUGCUUCUCAACUUAAUUGUAGAAAUUCAUACGUAAAAUCAUGGUGUCGAAGGGUUUGAAGGCGGCUCCGCUAGGCCGUUUGCGAUUAGCGAGUGUGGACGAUGCCCCAACUAUAUUUUCAUUAGUAACGGAAUCUAUGGCCAAGAACUUCCGAGUCAACGAUGUUACUGAUAUUGUGUACCUUUUUGAGACCUGCUUAUUGUCAAUAUGCUAUUUGGAUAGUAACGAGGCUGUAGUCGGUUGUGUUGUCCUAAAAGACUAUCCAUUGAUUCCCGCCGUCUAUCCUGGAGCUUGGGAAGAUUUCGUACACACUAAAUAUAAGACUAUAGAACUCAAUUCAAGGAACUCGGUGUUCAUACAUCUGCUAUGCUGGAACUCGUCGUAUGGCCGCGAACUGGUGGAUGGCAUGUUGAAAUCUAUUUUCAUGCACGACCAUUACUUGCAAUUCAUUGUAAUGAUGAAGUGUAUAAUCGGCAGUUCCUUGUUAAUGCCAGGCCAGACCCGUAGCGAGGGCUCGUUCAAGCGCACCCAGGCCAUAGAGCGCGGCUGUUCCGGCGACCAGCUGCCUGCGCUGUGGAUCAUGGAACGGAAAGAAGUCUGUCCUAAAUUAAAGAUACGGAGAGCGGUCGAGGAAGAUAACGACGACAUAAUCCCUAUAAUCGAGCGCCACUCGAAGUUGUUACGUGAGCUGUACGGCGACUUCUACGUCAGCGAGCUGAUAUCGCGACAUCCUGAGUCCGAACGAGUACUGCUGGUGUGUGAGCACAGAGAGCUAGCAGUCGGUGUGAUGAUCCUGAACACGCAGAUCAACUACGAGGCUUUGGAGGAAAGCUUUGAACUCUCGCCGUUUGCUGGACUGAGGCAUCUCGACAAGCCGCCACGGCGACGGGAAUACGGUUCCACCACUAGUUUAAUUGUAGGUGGAGGCAAUAUGCUUGAAUCUCUACAAGAAUUGAACAUCGAUUUCCCCGGGCCGAGAGACCCUAAAUCACGGGUAACAUGGAUAUAUGAAGACGACGCAUUCAAAGACAUUCGCAAAGAAAUGGAGACACCUAAAUUGAAUCAAGUUGACAAUUAUUCACAGCUGGACAGCCUGCAGUUUUUAGAAGAAGAUGAGGAUGAAUUUGAAUACGAUAUCGUCAAUAUUGAUACGGAUUUGUUGAGGCUGCCUCGUUUGUUCACGAGUGAUGAUAUUAUGAAAUUUAAAGGAUUUUCGGAUGAGAGUCUUCCAAGACGCCAGGAAUCAGGAUUUGACAAUAAAUACAUUCUAAAAGAAAAAUCGAAGCCCAUUGCAAGUUCUCCGCACAUGAGUUCAAUUUCCUCGUGCAAAGCUCCCGAACCGAUUCAAUAUUCUGGAAGACCAAACGCUUUCCUAUUAGAAGUGUUUGCUAUGCAUGCCAAUUACGAUGAACGGUACGGUUUUGAGAUGCUAGAAGCGGCCUAUGAGCUAUUUCCCGAUAGGGACUACUGUAUCAUGUGCCUACCAUCCUGGCACACAUGUUUUCCACUUCUAGAACAUUUUACGCUCGUCACACCAUACGGCUUUAGGAUGCGAUUUAUAAACGAUUCCUUAUACGUGGCUCAUGUGAAUGCCAUCAGAGGGCGAAUUAGCGUUCGUCCAGCGGAAGCAUACGAUAUCCCUAAUUUGGAAGAAGUAUUGGAACACGCUACAAGAAAACAAGACCUUAUGGAGUUAUUUAAAAAUAGUCUCGACUCUUUAACGCUAUCUUCAUAUGUCCUUCUUAAUGAAAAUCAGCCUAUUGGAUUAGUUGUUCUUGGACCGCUGGAAGAUGGAACCUCUAUAAGAACUCAAUAUGAUUUAGAAACUGAGGCUAGAAGGGCUGGGACGGAUGCUUCGAUUUUAGCAUGUGUUAUGUCACCAAUCAUGGAACCCCAUGCGCGAUGGUAUUUGAGGGACGUGCUACGUCACACAAAAUAUUGUACUUUGUUCUGGGUCUGCCGACUUUUCGCUAAAGGCGAUGCGAGUCCCGUAAGAAAUUUAAUGUCGCUAGCGAGUUACAUGAAGCCGGUGCGCCCUCGCCGAGCCGCGCCUAAUAUGAUUGGCAACAACCAUCUCGAGAAAGUAUUCAAAGAUAUUGCUACUCCAUUCGCUCUGUGGAUGUUAGAGCGCCCACUAACCAGCAUGCCGAAGGUGCAUGUCAAUAACAGCAUUGUAGUUGUGGGAGCUAGCCGAACUGGGCUUGCCUUUCUAGAAACGUUACUUCUUGGACCAACAUCAGAAUACCUCACCUUCACAAAUAUAACAUUAGUGUCGCAAUACGGCCUACCAACGGUACCUGAUUUUAUGCGAGCCGCGGAAACCUGUGUACCGAGGGAUGGACGGUACACAGAUCGAUACAUCAAGAGCAUGCCCUUCUAUUACUACGUCGAUGUAAUGUCCGCUGUUAUGGUACAGAUCGACAGGAAAAAGAAAUGUAUUCACCUUAAGGGUGGAGGUGUAAAGUUUUAUGAUGAACUUAUAUUAACGUGUGGUCUUCAAUUCCAACAUCCGGAGUAUUUGAAGGAUUCUAUUGAACUGGCCAAAGAAAUGGAGAAGGGCAAACCUUGCAUCAGAACCCUUAUGGACAAUCCAGGGUAUUUGCCAGACAGUGUUCCAUUGCAGCCAACACUACCCUACAAUGUGAUGCUCAUUAAUUCUUUGUACCAAGCCAAUACUUGCUUACGAAAAUUGAUGCGAAUGAUAUCUGAAACUAAGAACUCAAGUGAUUGCCUUUGCAAUGAGAAGCCAGUGGUAGUGUACGGAGAUUGUAUAGAAGCAUAUAGCUGCAUGGCGGCGCUAUUAGAACUAGGUGUGUCGGGAAACAAAAUCGCUUUUGUUGAGCCUUUCCCGCCCGAAGAUGCUACAGCUAUGAGGGUCAACUGCUUUAAUAAUGAAACAGUGGAUGGUAGAGUGCAACAAAAGCUAGAUAAGCUUGGUAUCCGCACCUACCGUCAGUGCCACUUCAACGGUUGGUUUGAGCGGGACGGAAUUGUGGAAUACCUGCGACUUAUGUCUCCACUGCAUGUCAUGCAUGUGCCCUGCUUCGCUCUUUUCUAUUACGGGAUCAAAGCUAUUGAUUUGUAUGCGUUUAAAGCUAUAAACGAAAGUGGUCUGGUAUACGACGGUGGCGUGGUGGUUGGUCCUCUGUUUGAGACGAACGACCCGCACGUGUUCGCCGCAGGACCCUGCGUGCGGUACUCACGCCGCCUCUAUGCUCCACAUGAUCUUCAUAAAUACUAUCAUUCUGAGGAUGUAGGAGAAGCGCUGGCGAAACUUUUCUUGAAAAAAGUUGAUCCAUUCAUGACACAAAGAACUAACCUUGAAGAACCAGAACUUAUGCAACGAUAUAGUUCGAGUUUGCUUGCCUUUCGAGAAUCGCGUGCUAGCGUUGUAAGUUCUCGUCGCUUAUCAAAUAUUGCUAUGAAAAGCCGCUGGCAGCCCGUUAUGAAAUUCGAAUCGCCGAUAGUGCAGUCGGCAACGCUACCGGGUCCAUUGUAUUAUAUGGUGCUAAGAAAACCAGGACGGGACACUCCAAUGGCAGUAAAACUUUUGUUGCCUCAACAGGGUCACACGCUAAUAACUGAUAAGAGGGAUAACUACUUCAGACUACAGAUUAAUGCCUUGCAUUGCGUCGAAUCUAUCACGUGUCUCUCUAAGAAGCAAUUUUGCCCUGUAACCCUUACACAACUGUAUGGGAAACAUGAAGCUUAUUUCAACAAUCUCCUCGCUAGAUUUAAUAUGAAUCUCAUAGAUGAUUUAUUCGAAUACUUCACCAAUACUUGGAUAGCAGCCUUUUACCAGGAGCCAUUUGUCAAUUUGCUGAACGAUAUUUAUGAACAUGGUGGCAAUACGGUAUUAGAUGUAGUAAAGACAAAAUACAAAGAAUUUUAUGGGCGCAAGCAGGACGAAUCAAUGACAGGAGAGAUGUCUGCUUUACAGUUUAAGGAGUCUACAUGCAAGGAGUGCGGCCAAAACGAGGUGCUCCGGCACGACGCGGACACGUUCUGGAGAGCUGUGGGCGGGGAACGUAUCGUGUUUAAAAAUCUGACGAAAUACCUGCAGAAGAAUUCCGUAGCGAACCCACAUUAUGCUGUGCCAGAUUUCCAAUACAUUUGAAAUAAAUUGUUAUUUUUAAAGUAA